AUGUCUUCGUCUCCGUCGGCGGACAGCUCUGCCCCGCACCUCCGCAAGCCCCUUGCCACUAGCAAGGGCGCGGGCGGCGACAUGUCCAUGAUGUUCUUCGCCCAGCCCGACUGCCCCGCGAGGUUUGCCCACCAAGACGAGCACCGCAUCACGGGCUUAACGCCGAGGCCAUCGCCCGAGUCCUCCUGCCGUCUAAACCUCUCCAUCUACGGCCAGCCGGUCGUCGAUACCGACUGGUCCGAGCAGUGGUUCUUUAUGAGCGGCCGCGUUCACCCCUACGCCCUCUCCUGGGAGGUGGAGCGCCGCGACGGCCUCGAGGCCGGCCCGGACGAUGCUAUUCUCUACACCGUGCCCGCCCUUAUCCGGCCAGUUCCGUCUACGCCUCCCGUUGUCUCCUUCCAUGGCGUCGUAGCCGGGCCCGGCCUCGACCUCCUGCGUCGAGACUUCCUGCCCGGUCUCGGGCCCGACCAGCUCCGCUGCUGCGGCUUCGUCCGGCUCACGACCUACAUCGCCCUGGCCUGCCGGACAGGAUUCCAUAUAAGGGCUACCACCCUUCGAGGUCUUUGUUAUCUUUCCGUCUACGUUAACCCUUGGGCCGUGCUAUGCAAGAAAAUCGCUGAAAAGCCUAACUCUUCCUUCCUGCCCGGCGUCCCCUUUACCUGCACCGGAAAGGUCGUCGGCCUUCUCGACCACCGCGUUAUGCUCUCCCCCCCGGGCUCGGAGCGCGAUUACGUCUUUAUCAUCGUCCCGGACAGCUGGACCUUUGUCGAUAGGCCCUCGGCGGCCGCCGCCGCCGCCUCGGCUUCCCCCCUCCUCCCCCUUUAG